AUGGAAUCCCCGUUCUUCGACGGCGCAGAGCCGCAGCCGAAACCCGCAAGCUUCCAGGGCCGCCUGCAGCUUCAAGAUUUCAUGUUCAAGCACGAAUCCCCGUCCCCAGCAGCAUCGCCGUCGCCGGCCCCGUCACCACUCCGGCGUAGCCCCCGGAAGCAGCCCCCACACGGCGGCCCCGUCGUCCGCUCGCCAGCCCGGGUCACCAAACCCACCAGCACCACACCGCGGAAGGUGAAGGCGGAACCUCCCUCGACCGCCGGCAACGAGGAGGACACAUCACUACACCGCAUCCCACCGCGCAACACAGCAACAAAAGCGAAGCGCAAACGCCAGGCAACCGGCUACGCCCCGCCGUCAACCUACGCGCACCUCUCCCCGCUGGUCGACAUCCUCGCGCCCGACCUGCUCAUCCUCUUCGUCGGCCUCAACCCGGGCCUGCAGACGGCGCGCUCCGGCCACGUGUACGCGCACCCGUCCAACCUCUUCUGGAAGCUCCUGCACUCCUCGGGCAUCACGCCGCGGCUAUGCGCGCCGCAGGAGGACCGCGAGCUGCCCGCGCUCUACGGCCUGGGCAACACCAACAUCGUCGCCCGGCCGAGCCGCAACGGUGCGGAGCUCAGCAAGGCGGAGAUGGACGAGGGCGUCGGCGUGCUGGAGGAGAAGGUGCGGGGGUGCAGGCCCGAGACGGUGUGCAUCGUGGGGAAGAGCAUCUGGGAGAGUAUCUGGCGGGUGCGGCACGGCAGGGGGAUCAGGAAGGAGGAGUUUCGGUAUGGGUGGCAGGAUGAGAGCGAGAAUAUGGGCGUUGUGAGGGAGGGUGGUGGUGAUGGUGAUGAGAAGGGGGAACCUUGGGCUGGUGCGAGGGUGUUUGUUGCGACGAGCACGAGCGGACUUGCUGCGACCCUUCGGCCGGCGGAGAAGGAGAGGAUCUGGCGGGAGCUGGGAGAGUGGUGCGAGACCCGGAGGGCCGAAAGAGAUGCGGCUUGA